AACAAUUGUUGCUUCUAAAUAUUGUAAAAAAUUUAUAAAAGAGCAGAAUGAAGAAAUUAAAAGCUUUUUAUUAGUUAAUGCAGAUUUGGUGCGUGAGGUUAAAUAUUAUAAAAUUUUUAGUGCAAACAUGUUUGCAAACAAAGUUCAUAAUAUAUUUCAAGAUUAUUUUAAUAAAUCUUUAAAUUAUUUGUUAAAUUUUAUGCCAGAUUUUAUGCCAUUAAUUGAUAUUAUUAAACAACAAAUUAAAACAACUAUUGAACAAAAA